CGCGGCGGCUUCUCGCGGGCUCCCGCCGCCCGUAGUCGCGGCCGCGCUCCGAGCGAGUGGGUGCGUCGCCUUGCUGCUGGUCAGGGUCGGUCUCUCUGCCCGCCCGUGGGGUCUUUCAGGGCUUUGGGUGCGAAAGCCUUGCUGUGGGUUGGUGGCGUUCAAGGACGUGUGCUUUGGGAGACCAGUGUUGGAAAUUAAUAGCUCUUCUAGCUUUCACAUUAUUUAAAUACAGUAGUGUCAUUGGACUAAAAUGUUCCUGAUGCCAACCUCUUCAGAGUUAAACAGUGGGCAGAACUUCUUAACCCAGUGGAUGACCAGUCCUUCUCGGGCUGGGGUCAUAUUAAAUCGUGGAUUUCCUGUUUUGGAAGCAGAGGAAGAGAAGCGAGCAAAUGUGAACAUUUCUACCAGCUUUCCUAUCAAAGCCACACGUUUUUCAAAUAGCUUCAGCUUUAUUAUAAGUGAAGAAGAUUCACUUCAUGAAGAACAGAAGUUGGAGCUGAACAGCCCUUACAAGUUACAGUCAGAUAAACCUGAAACACAGAGAGUCUUUCCCUCAGCUAAAGAGGGACCACAAAUAGCGGCCUGUCAGGAUGCUUCUGGACACUGGGAAGAUAACAAAAAUGACUCUCUUUCAGAUCUUGCAAGUGAAUUCAAAGAAGUGGCUUAUAAAGACCCACUUUUUAAAAAGCUUGAACAGCUGAAAGAAGUACAACAGAAGAAGCAAGAACAACUGAAGAGGCAACAGUUAGAGCAACUACAGAGACUCAUGGAGGAACAGGAGAAGCUGCUCACCAUGGUGUCUGGGCAGCAUACACUCCCAGGUUUAACUCUACUGUCUGAUGACCAGAGCCAGAAGUACAGAUCUCCGGGAAAUUCAGCCACUGUAGAGAAAACCAUGCCUUUCUUACCGUCAUAUAUCUACCAGCACCAAACCCAAGAGAAAAAACACCUUUCCAGCAUUUUAUCUGAUGAACAAAACAACUUCUGUAAAGCUACUCAUGAAGAUUUUGUCUUAACUUCAAAAAGUGGUGCUUCUCCCAAUUUGUUUUAUGAGGCACAAUAUCAAGAAGCACUUGUGAAAAAAAAUGAUUUGAAGGAGGAAAACAACAACCAUUCUAAAGGAGAAGGGAUUUUACCAUCUUUGGAGAAAAUGACGGAACAGAUUCAGGAAGGGAACAACAUGAACUUAAAAAAAAUUGGUGAUUCCUCAGAAGUGGUUAAUAUUGAAGAAAGGCCUAUUAGAGCUGCUAUUAGAGAAAGGAAACAAACCUUUGAAGACUACUUGGAAGAACAGAUUCGGUUGGAAGAACAAGAACUGAAACAAAAACAGCUAAGGGAAGCAGAAGGAUCCUUGCUGAUCAAAGCAAAACCAAAACAACCAUUCUUAAAACGCGGGGAGGGUUUAGCUAGGUUUACUAAUGCUAAAUCGAAGGUUCAGAAGGGGAGAGAAAGUAAACUAGUCGCCACUCAGAGCAUUUCAGAGGACAGACCUGUGUUCACAUUAGAUAAACAACAAUUCCAGCGGAAGACUGCUCUUAUAAAUAAGGAACUGUGUACAGAGAACCUUCCUGCCAGAAAGAACAAUAAAGCCAGAACCAAGAGUGGUUGUGUCACACUCAGUCAGAAGCCGAAACUGCUUAAGAGUAACAGUAGGAAAAGUCUGUCUCCGUCAGGAUUGAAAAUACCGGCAGGGAAAAAAUGUGAUGGGCAAUUUAGAGACCAGAUCGAUUUAGAAAAAAAGGUGGAAUCUAAUAAUAAAGAAAAUGUACCCGAGUGUAGAAAACCUUGUGACGUUGGUUGCAAAAUCUGGAAUAAGACACAAGGUAAAGACAAACUUCCCCUUUCGACAGGGCUGGUCAGCUGCGUGGCUUCUAAGAGCCCAAUAAGUGAGACUUUGAAAGAGUCAGAAUCUUCUCUUGACAUUUCUCUUCAGAAAAAGUUAGAGAAUUGGGAACGAGAAAAGGAAAAGGAAAAUUUGGAAUUAGAUGAAUUUUUGUUUUUAGAACAAGCUGCUGAUGAAAUAUCAUUUUCUAGUAAUUCCUCAUUUGUACUGAAGAUCUUAGAGCGGGACCAAAAGAUCUGCAAAGGUCACCGGCUGUCUUCUACCCCUGUCAAAGCUGUGCAGCAAGAGAAGACAGCAACACCGGAUCCCAUUAGUGAGUGUAACCAAGGGGAGGAUCCAGACUGUGCCCAGGGUGACAGUGAGGGUGAGUGUGAGGCUGCACCCAAGCAGCCUGAUUCUGUGUCCGCACCUGACCGGUUGCGGGAGCAGCCCUGUAAAGUCAGUAGGAGAGUGUUCCAGACGAGCACGUCCGAAAGUCAGGCCAGGUGGAAUGCAAGCGAUGAUGAAGGUGUUACAGACAGUGAUGAAAGCACUGAUUCUGAGGAACAGCUUGACGUUACCAUAAAACCAUCAACUGAGGAUAAGGAAAGGGGCUUCAGCAGCAGAGAAGAUAGUCCACAAGUCUGUGAUGGGAGGGGACCUUUCAGGGACACCAGGACUCAAGAAGAAGAUAAAAGGAGAGAUGUCGAUUUAGAUUUGUCUGAUAAAGAUUACGGUAGUGACGAGUCUAUCAUAACAGAAAGCUUGAAAAAUAAAGCUUCUGAUUCCUCAGGAAGGCACUCAUCUGUGAGUAAAGUUGACUUUGAUGAUGAAAGAACUUGGACUGACCUUGAAGAUAAUUCAUUUAAACAUGACGUUCUUGGGAAUGAAGCUGUUUAUGGGACUCCCCAGACAGCCUACCCGAAUAAGCGUGAGAUGUGUGUACUGGACAAAACAAUAAAAAGGAAGGUCGCACCGGUCAGGAAGGGAGAAGGCUUGAAUAAGUCCAUUAGGGGCACAAGCCCUCCUCCCACCUCGGACCUGAUGAUGAAAUUCUUCCCUUCUUUGAAACCGAAAUCAAAAUCAGAUUCACGCUUGGGAAAUGAACCCAAGUUAAACAUGAGUCAAGACCAACCACCUGGUGACAGUGCUCGAUCUCAAGUUUUGAGAGAGAAAGUUAUCGAAUUGGAAACAGAAAUAGAAAAAUUUAAAGCUGAGAAUACAUCUUUAGCUAAACUCCGUGUCGAACGAGAAAGUGCCUUGGAAAGACUCAGGAAAGAAAUUGCUGACUUUGAACAACAGAAAGCAAAAGAAUUGGCUCGAAUAGAGGAGUUUAAAAAGGAAGAAAUGAGGAAGUUACAAAAGGAACGCAAAGUUUUUGAAAAGUAUUCUACAGUUGCGAGAAGUUUUCCGGAUAAAAAGGAACGUGAAGAAAUACAGGCUUUGAAGCAGCAGAUAGCAGAUUUACAGGACGAUUUGAAAAGGAAAGAAGCAAAAUGGUCCAGUGCACAUGGCCGUCUUAGAAGCCAGAUAGAAAUGUUGGUCAAAGAGAACACAGACCUCCGGGAAGAAAUAAAAGUGAUGGAAAGAUUCCGAGUGGAUGCCUGGAAGAAAGCAGAAGCCGCUGAGAGCGGCACCAGGAUGGGUCAGUGUGCGGCGGCCUCGAGAAGAGACGGGUGCACGAAUUCAUCAGUUCGAUUUCAUAAGAGUCAAGUUUCUUCAGGAACCCAGGUAGAAAAGUACAAAAAAAAUUAUUUGCCAACACAAGGCAAUCCAUCUCGAAGAUCCAAGUCUGAGCCUCGUGAUUUAGGCAAUUUGGAUAAGGGACAAAUGGCCUCACCCAGGGAGCCACCUGAACCAGUGAACUUUUCAGAUCCUGAAUAUAAAGAAGAGGAUGAAAAAGAGGAAAAAGAAGAAAUUCAGGGGGAAAUCAGCCAUCCUGAUGGAAAGAUAGAAAAGGUUUAUAAGAAUGGGUGCCAUAUUAUGCUGUUUCCAAAUGGAACCCGGAAAGAAGUGAGUGCAGAUGGGAAGACGGUCACUGUCACUUUCUUCAACGGUGAUGUCAAGCAGGUCCUGCCGGAUGGGAGAGUGAUCUACUACUACGCAGCUGCACAGACCACCCACACCACGUACCCAGAAGGCCUGGAAGUCUUGCAUUUCUCGAGUGGACAGAUAGAAAAACAUUUCCCGGAUGGAAGAAAAGAAAUCACAUUUCCUGACCAGACUAUCAAAAACUUGUUUGCUGAUGGACAAGAAGAAAGCAUUUUCCCAGAUGGUACAAUUGUCAGAGUACAACGAGAUGGCAACAAAAUCAUAGAGUUUAAUAACGGCCAAAGAGAACUACAUACGGCCCAGUUCAAGAGACGGGAGUAUCCAGAUGGCACUGUUAAAAGUGUGUAUACAAACGGUCAUCAAGAAACAAAAUAUUCAUCUGGUCGAGUAAGAGUUAAAGACAAGGAUGGUAAUGUUCUAAUGGACACGAGAUUGUCCUGACCGUUGCGUGUGACUAAUCAUGAAAUAACACUAACUUGAUUUUCUUGUUUUAAAAGUGUACAUUUCUUGUGGAUUCUGAUUUAAUUUAUAUAUACACUCUGUGUGUGUAUAAAUGGAAAAGAUUUUUGGAGUAUAAAAUAAAACUUGAUGCUUUUUUAAAAUAAUAUUUAAAAUGCACAGGGACAGCUUUCAUUUUUAAUUCACCUACCUUGUCUUUCUAUGGUUAUAACCAGUAUAGACUUUAACAGUGAAUGUUUUCAUUGGUUGGAGAUGGUUGUUUCAAAGCCAAGAAGUACAAGAAACACAGCAUCAUAUAGAUUUUCCCACUGCCUGCCAGCCCUGUCAAGGUCUUUCUCAGAAAGUUUACUGAAGGAGUAAGAUAAUUUCUCCACUCAGCAUGUUACUGUGCUCAAUUAGUACUAAAAUUAAAGUAUUUUAUCUACCACAGAGGUUAUAGACUCACAAGUUAAAACAACGACUGAAUACAAAUAAGUCAAACAGUAAAACAGGUAGAAGAGUUCAUUCUACGAGUUGCAGAUACAUCUCAUAGGAGGAGAAAGCAGUUGUAAUGAGGGUGAUAGUUG